AUUACGCUUUACUGUACACCACAUCCAAUGCAGUUUGUUGGUACGGGUUUUUACUAAGAUAACGCAAAUGAUGGUGGAUUUUGGGCGAGCUUCCACCGGCGUCCCCUCCGUUCAUUCACCUGCCUCCGCGUGGCAUCCAGUGCACACUGGCAUUAGCCACACCACCACUUCCACUCUUCAUGUAUCUGCCCAAUUGCUGCUGGGAGCAACUAAGUAUAAAUUAACUGCGUUUCGAUUGAAGGCUAUGGCAGAAGAAACGCUAUCAACUCCGAAGAUAGAUUCCAAGUCCUCGCCAUCAGCGAAGAGGCAAGCCUUGAUUUCAUUGUCGGAUAAGAAGGACCUGGCUUUGCUUGGUAAUGGACUACAGGACUUGGGAAUCACAAUUGUUUCCACGGGAGGAACAGCAUCUGCUUUAGAAACUUUUGGUGUGUCUGUGACCAAGGUGGAGGAGCUUACUCAAUUUCCUGAAAUGCUUGAUGGCCGUGUAAAAACUUUACAUCCUAAUAUCCAUGGAGGUAUUCUUGCAAGAAGAGAUCAAGACAAUCACAUGGAAGCCCUUGAAAAUCAUGGGAUCAGUACAUUUGAUGUGGUAGUGGUGAACUUAUACCCAUUUUAUGACAAGGUGUCCUCAUCUGCUGGAAUCUCGUUUGAGGAUGGGAUUGAGAACAUUGAUAUUGGUGGACCUGCAAUGAUUAGAGCUGCUGCCAAGAAUCAUAAGGAUGUCCUAGUUGUUGUUGACUCCAAUGAUUAUCCGGCACUGUUAGAAUAUCUCCAAGGAGGGCAGAAGGACCAGCACUUCAGGAGGAGACUUGCUUGGAAGGCUUUUCAGCAUGUUGCUUCUUAUGAUUCGGCAGUUGCAGAAUGGUUGUGGAAGCAGACUGAAGGAGAUAAGUUUCCUCUCAGCAUGACAGUACCUUUGUCCCACAAGACUUCACUCCGGUAUGGAGAAAAUCCUCAUCAGAAGGCUGCAUUCUAUGUUGACAAGUCUCUCGUGGAGGUCAAUGCCGGUGGCAUUGCCACCGCCAUCCAACACCAUGGAAAGGAGAUGUCAUAUAAUAAUUACUUAGAUGCCGAUGCAGCAUGGAAUUGUGUGUGCGAAUUUAGUAAGCCAACUUGUGUGGUUGUGAAGCACACUAAUCCCUGCGGAGUGGCAUCACGUGAUGAUAUUAUUGAAGCAUAUAGACUGGCUGUGAAAGCAGACCCAGUUAGUGCGUUUGGUAGCAUCGUAGCUUUCAAUGUUGAAGUUGACGAGGCCCUCGCUAGAGAUAUUAGAGAGUUUAGAAGUCCAACCGAUGGCGAGACUCGUAUGUUUUAUGAGAUUGUCGUUGCUCCUAAGUACUCAGAGAAGGGACUUGAAGUACUUCGUGGAAAGUCGAAAACUUUGAGAAUACUCGAGGCUAGUAAAAAUGACAGAGGAAAACUCUCCCUAAGACAAGUUGGUGGCGGAUGGCUGGCUCAGGAAGCAGAUGAUCUGACACCAGAAGAUAUCAACUUCAAUGUUGUCUCUGAGAAGGGUCCUGAGCAAAAUGAGUUUCAAGAUGCUCGAUUUGCAUGGCUUUGUGUAAAGCAUGUGAAGAGCAAUGCGAUUGUUAUUGCAAAAGUAAGUCUUUCU